UCAUUUGUACUUUAUCCAUUUGAAUAGUCAAACACUGAUGACAAUUUUUCUCUCAUCUUUGGUGAAAAUAUGAUGUCCCUUAUGCUUCAGACACCUCUGUUAUCUUGGAUAUUUGUUGUCCUGUGGACCUUCCUGCAGUUAGCCCAUGGACUCACCUUUUUUCCAGACAAUGCCGUGUUCGUGGCUAAAGCAGGUACGGUUAGUCUGACCUGUGAUUCAGCGACUACCGGGAACGUCAACUGGGUGUUCAUACCACAUGGAGAUGUCCAAAAGAUCCCGUUGAAGGGGACUGAGAGAAGACUAGAAGUGGCCUAUGAGGACACACCAGAGUUGGGGGAAUACAGCUGCUGGAGUGGGGAAACAAAGUUGUGGUCCGCCCAUCUGGUCCUUGAUGCACAGGACACUCGUGCUGAUUCUAUGUUAAACUGCUGGGCAAAAUCGUAUAACUGUUCCUUCAACUGCCACUGGGGCGAUACUGACUAUACCGCCGUACGACUCGGUCUGGGGAAGGACUGUUCUGAAAAUAGAAAGAACUGCUCGUGGAUCACCAGCUCCAGUCAGCAGCACCCUGGGCAAGGUUUCAUGUUUGAGCUGUCCAACUCCCUCACACCAUCCAUGGAGGAAACCACGAGGAUAGAAGUCACCGCUGAGGCCAUGAACGAUUACAUCUUCCACAGGACCUACAAGACAUUCUUUCUCAGGGAUAUUAUUCGACCAGAGAGUCCCAAGAUAGUCCAAUGUCAGGAAGUGGGUCAUCAACUCAAUGUGAGCAUAGAACCAGCGGCCAGCUGGUCCAAGCCGCAUAGUUACUUCAAAUUGGAGCAUGAGAUAGAAUAUGUGUCCAGACACAAUGGCAAGAAUAUAAUCUCAGAGACUCAUUUGAUACCGAGGGAGAUCAGCAAACUCAGAGUUCGGUCCAGAGAUGCCGUGGUGCGCUCAAAGUGGAGUGAAUGGACUCCAUGGAGACAUGUGAGGAAACCAGGGACACCAAAGAAGAGGAAUUCUAAGAACAAAUGCAAGCCACAAAGACACAACAAGGAUCCUCCACUGGAGCAGAAUUAGUUUUUAUAUUCUCUCUGAAUGGGUGUGUUUGACUCCUGAAAGGUACUUGGUUAAGUCCUCGAAUCAAAGCCUACUUAGGUAUCCUAUGAUGCAUUUCACACGUUUGGAAAAAUUAAUGCUGUGUAUUUAUUAUUUUUGUCCAUUAUGUAUCUAUGUCAUGUAAAACGUUUAUUCCAUGUACAUUUCUACUUUUUAUUAUACCGUCUGCGUAAUAUGGAAUGCCAUUUAAGUCAAUAUUAAAUAAAUGAACAUGGUUAUGAAUUAA